GCGCAACCGCUUCCGUCAGCGGCCGUGACCGUUGACCCCAACAGUCAGUCAACGCACGGGAGGGGUCCUUUGACCCGCAGAGCCAGCGUCCACAGGUGUUGGGUCUCAUGGCCAGGAUGGGCAGCGGCAACAUACAAGCCAAGCUGGUGCUUCUUGGAGACAUGGGAACUGGAAAGACAAGCAUAGUCCUGAGGUUUGUCAAAGGCCAAUAUUUCGACUGUCAGGAAUCAACAAUAGGAGCUGCAUUCUUCUCUCAAGUUCUAUCACUUAAUGAGGCUACUGUAAAAUUUGAUAUAUGGGACACAGCUGGGCAAGAAAGAUAUCAUAGUUUGGCCCCUAUGUAUUAUCGUGGUGCUGCUGCGGCUAUUGUUGUCUAUGAUAUCUCAAGCAUGGAUUCAUUUAUUAGAGCAAAAAAGUGGGUUCAAGAACUUCAAAGACAAGGAAAUCCAUAUCUAAUAAUGGCAUUGGUGGCAAACAAGGUUGACUUGGAGGCAAAAAGGAAGGUGGGAUCUGAGGAAGGCUUGCAGUAUGCACAAGAGAAUGGGUUGUUCUUCAUGGAAACUUCCGCGAAAACAGCAGAAAACAUCAAUGAGCUCUUCUAUGAAAUAGCUAAAAGACUAGCUAAAGCCCGGCCAUCGCGAUCAUUGGGGAUGCGGUUGUCCAGUGAAACGCAAGACAGGGGAAGAAGUUGUAGGUCGACGUCGAAAGCUGAGGUACCUAACGGUUGCGCAACGAACACGAGUGCACAACUACACGCCACAGGACUAUGGGGGUCGCUAGUUGACACGAGUGCACAACCACGCAUGGGAUGAUCCAUUGGCAGCCCUCGAUCAACGAUGCAGCACUGAGGUGUUCUAUCGGUAAGGAAUGAAGUGGUUGGAGGCAACGACAUGCCGCAACGACUGAUGAGGUCAUCGGUCGACCGUGUGAGAAGAAGCAUGCCACAGCAGAUAGUGCAUAUGCAGUAGAUGGCCACUGCACCAUCGACACGUGACUACGAGGGUGGUUGUGAGUUAGGCUUUCAUUUAUUAAAAUCAUAAUUUUACUAUACUUUUAACAUUUUUACCCCUCAUAAAUUAAAUAUUCCCAUUAUAUAUCCUUCAUAAACUAUAA